UUCCAUUCAUUGCAAAAUCGAUCGCCGACCAAGACGGACGUGUUCACCUCCAUUGGCUCCCGUGUGCACACCAUGAACAGUCGCGAUCGCGAUCUACGAGCUUAGCGAAAGAAGCGUGAUCCUGUUCUGAUCUAGUUUCGCGAUUCCCUCCGCAUCGUUUCCGUGCGUGAUAGUGUCUAAUUAUUGUUCAGGCGGUACGCGAGUUUGCCAGUUACGACCGAACGCAUCCAAAACGCAAACAUUACGCCACCAUAAACUAUCACCGCUGUCGGUGCGGUUGUUGGUGACUAACGUGCUCUGGUUGGAACCAGGAAUAGUGUGUGCUUUUAUUUUCCUUUCGUGCGCAUCGCGCGGAAUUGGUUGUUAGGCUUAGCUGCGCUAUCAAGUUCACGUAAUGCGCGUGUGAAAAAGUUUAGUGGAUGCAUUGAAAGUGCCACUCAGCUGCGGCGAACAAGGAAACGCACCACGUGAAGUAGCGCGCAACAUUCAAAAUCAGCGAUCAACCAUCCACAGUACAUCACAGCCUAUCUCUUCUUGGCGAAGGCUUCCUUUGUUUGUUCGGAAAAUCUUGGAUCUGCUGAGGUACAGCCGGAGACCGUCAUCUGUCAGUCAACCUUGCCGCUAUUUAUUUUUACAAUUCUAUUUUCCACCACAGCAAAGCACCCCGCCGCCACAGGCCAUCAAUCCAUUAGGGUUUGACGGCCUCCCAGUAGUGAUCGAUACAUUUGAUCGCGGUGCGGUAGUAGUGCGGCGAAUUGAACUGCAUUCGUAGAAUAAUAAAACAGCAGCAGAGCAUAAUAAGCGGUACGAUUUGUACAAGUGUGUGAAUUGAAUGGAAAAGCUGAACUACUAACUAAUUCGAACAAGUUGAGCGACGACGUGAUCAGCUACCUAUACCUAGGUGGAAAACGGAAAAAGACAAUUGGAUUGAACUGAUUGUUGAUUAGCUACCUACAAUCGAUAGGUUUGACUGUAUUUUCAUUUCCGGAACGAGAAGGUGCUAGCAACGAUGGCGUUCUUCAAGAGCAUUUGGAAAAAUGGUUCCAAGCACAAGAAGCUGUGCGAGGAGCUGGCACUCGCCAACAACAUCCGGGACUUUUCGGACAACCACGAAGAGCUGGAGGAUGGCUUUGGCGAGGCGAUCACCUACAGUGUGAAGUAUUUGGGUAACACGACGAUAGCGACACCCCGUUCGGAGAACUCCACGGCGGAGGCGGUGAAGAAGAUCAUCACUGCUGCGAAAGGAAAUAAAAAACUUCAGCGCGUGACCCUAUCCAUCUCACCGAAAGGCAUCGAAAUGAUAGACCUUACCACCGGGGAAACCCUGCUGCAGGUGUCCAUUUACAACAUUUCCUAUUGUUCAGCGGAUGCAGCACAUGAUCACGUGUUUGCUUUCGUCGGUACCGUACACAAUCCGGAAACGGAAGUGAAAGAGAUGUGUUUCCGCAAGGACGCCGAAGAGGUGGAAUUCGACGGCCCUCUGAUUUGCUAUGCCUUCUUGUGCCAGAAGCGCAAAAUGGCUCAAACCGUUACGCUGACAGUGGCUCGCAGUUUUGAACGCGCUUAUCAAAUCUGGCAAAACAAGCAGUUCCAGGCGGACCGGAAGCGCAAAGAGCUGGUCAAACUGAAUGGUUCUAGUCGAUCGGCUGAUAGUGGCAGUGGCAGUAGCAGCAGUAGUAGUAAAAGCAGAGACGAGACCGACAGUAAGAGUUUACUGAUCGAUUUCAAUUCGGAUUUGACUGCGGAGAUUUGCUCCAAAGACCAUCGGGAACUACUGCAGAAUACUUGGGUUUCAUUUGAGGAUGAUCAAUCGCAAGAAUUCUUCACAGUGCCAAAUCUCAACACUGCCAACGGAUGGAGCAGGACUGCAAUUUGUUCCAACUGAAGGAGGACAAUUAUCAGCUUUUGAGCUUAUCUUAUCAAUAAGAUAGAGAGUAAUUGUUUUUUUAAUGAUUAAAACAAAAAUACAAAAAUAAACACAUACUUACUGCAUACAAAAUUACAAAAUACAAAAAAAAACUCAAAACUUAGUUGUAAGCAAUUGUGAUAAAACUGGAUGUUUAUAAUUUUAAUGUGAAUUAAAAAUGAUGCAAUAAAUCAGAUUAUUUUUAAAUAAAGUUUCAGCGUCACUUCCAAAGAAAGGGAAUGUAUGUACCACAACGAUCGUUAAUCCACUCCAACAACUUCAAUUUGGGAAGUCAAGCAUAUUAUUUACUCAACAAACGGUGUAAGGACUGUAUCGGAAAUUAACUAUAUAUGUUCAAAACAUCCUAAAAAAUAAUUUAUUCAAGUUAUAAAUAAUUUUAUUUUUCGAGGUACUAAAUAAAUCCUCAGAAAAAGGAAUGGCACUUUUGCUUUUGUAAAAAUAAUUAUUUUACAUGGUCAUCAAUCUUAAAGUUUAAACCCAUGAUCUUGAAAUUUUGGACACCUCUUAAAAAUUUGAAAUUGCGGAAAAAAUGGAAAUUUUUUUGAUUUUUGAAAAUAUUUUAGCGCAAAUAGGGUGACAAUGGGUAUUAUCGGCAGGUUUGUUCUCUUCGUCAUGGGGGGUUUUUUGUGAGCCAAAUUGCCUGAAACUUGGCCAUAUAAUUCAGCUUAGUUGGGAAGGAUUUGAGACCAAGUCUGAGUUCAAUAGGUUUCAAUAAAACCCCAAAGACGAAGAGAACAAAACGGCCGAGAAUAGGUAAUUUCCCCUAUAUUCUUUCCCAGAUUGCUCAUAAUAUAGGUAAAAAAAAAUUUUCAAGAAAAAAUUCGACUCCAUUUUAGCGCAAUUCUUAAAAAUGAAAAAAGGUAAUUUUUCAGGGACCCUAUUUUUUGAUGCUUAUUCAAAGCACGAUUACGCAAAUAAAAAAUACAUCAAAUUGAUGAUUCAUUUUUUUUUUUAAUUGGAAAUGUUUUUAAACUCAACGACGAGGUAGCUUUAGUAGAGAACGGAAUUGUAUAACCUUUGAAGAUAUUUAAAACAGACUGUCAAAGUUCGACAAAAAAUUAGUGUUUUUUAGGACAGGUCAUUUUUUAAAUGUUGAGGGUUUUUCGAUCAUAAAUAUUUGUUUUUUAAGUUGGUGUUCGGUGAUAUGUUAUGUGUACAUAACUGCUAACAAUAAUUAAUAUUUUUUGGAUUUUUCGCCGUACAAGUUUUAUUCGCUAUAG